GGGAAGUUUUGCUAUAUAAACCAGCCCCAAGUGGGUUUGUUGUUCAUAAUUAAUUCAGGUGUUCUAUCGCCACUAGCUGCCAAAAAAAAUAAGACAUACCAAACUCUAGCCAACAGACCAAUCAUGAAGUGCAUGGUAGCUGCAGUCAUCUUGGCCCUGGCCGUCGUUUCGGAAGCAGGAGUUUUGCCACUAGGAGGCUGGCCACUCGGUCCCUGGGGAGCACCAACCGUGGUACAAUCCAACGUUUUGGCCCAUCCUUACGGAGCUUUGUCGCAUGCCGCCAUUCACGCUGCCUACCCGGCUGUCCAUGCUGCCUACCCGGCGGUUCAUGCGGCCUAUCCGGCCAUACACGCCGCUCUGCCAGCUGCCGUUCCUGCUGCCCUGUAUGCUGGUCCAGUUGUACCACAUGGUCCGGUGGCGUCCGUUGCCCACCACGCUGGCGUUGUCCCGGGUGCAACCUCCGUGACCGCUAACCGUGGUUCCGUCCAUGUUGCUCCACUCCCCGGACAUGCCGUGUCCCAGCAGCAGCUCAAUCUGGCUCCAGCUCCCGGAACUAUCUAAACUCGGAGGUUCUGCAGUGGAACCUCAGCUAGUCACAGGACCCACGAAAUGCCAUCCAUCCAUCCAUCUACCAAAACCGAUUCCACAGUCGGAUGGGAUUGUGGUCAAUCUUGUCUAUUCGCAAUUCUCUAUACCUGUCUAUCACUAUCUUUCAAAAAAAAAAAAAAACAACGCACGCUAUCGCAUUAUUUAUGAUCAUGUUGGACACUGUUUGUUCAGGAACGCGACGGAAAUAAAAUUGAUUUUUAUAUUUCUUUACCAAAACAAA